AUGGUGAAACAAGGUGUUGUGUUGGGGCAUGUAAGAUCCAACAAGGGUAUUGAAGUUGACAAAGGAAAAAUUGACAUCAUCUCAAAUAUGGCAGCCCCUACUUCAAUGAAGGGAGUGAGAAGCUUUCUAGGAUAUGCUGGUUUUUAUCGUCGUUUCAUUAAGGAUUUUUUCAAGAUCACUCAUCUAUUGUGCAAUCUUUUGGCCAAAGACGUUGUAUUUCACUUCGAUAAAGAUUGUAUGAUUGCAUUUAAUACCUUGAAACGUGAACUAACCUCUGCUCCUAUCAUUAUGGCACCAGAUUGGUCUUUGGCUUUUGAGCUAAUGUGUGACGCCUCCGACUAUGCUAUUGGUGCUAUUUUAGGUUAA